AUGCAUGCUAUGCUGCGAAAUCCGUUGUGGAUGCACACAACGCCUGCGUGGGCAACCCACCCUUCCCGUUCCUUGUCAACGCAGAGGACUUCUUUGGCACCGACAGACAGCAAGGCCCUCUCUUCCAGGUCUUCGCUUUCUGCGGCUUCAUUGAGAUGCUCACCACCUUUGCCAAGUCCUGCAACGUUUCCAACAAGCCGGGCCUGA